AUGUUAUCCGCCAUUACAAGUGCACCCCGGCCAUCCGUCAGUCUCAUUCCACACACAUUUCCUGAGGACAGGGCGAGAGAAUCCAGCGGGCUCCAGGGGACCGAGGACACAGCGACGGCCCUCCAACGGCUCGUGGAGCUGACAGCCACCAGGGUGACCCCACUGAGAAAUCUGCGUGUUCAGUACCGCCUCAUCCGAAAGCUUGGCUCUGGCUCCUAUGGUCGCGUACUCCUUGCCCGGCCUCGCCAAGGAGGUCCUGCUGUGGCCCUGAAGCUCCUGCGUCGAGACAUGGUCCUGAGAACCACCUUUCUGAGAGAGUUCUGUGUGGGCCGCUGCGUCUCAUCACACCCAGGCUUACUCCAGACCCUAGCAGGACCCCUGCAGACCCCCCGACACUUUGCCUUUGCCCAGGAGUAUGCACCAUAUGGAGACCUCAGCGGGAUGCUGCAGGAACGGGGCCUCCCAGAGCUGCUGGUGAAGAGGGUGGUGGCCCAGCUCGCCGGAGCCCUGGACUUCCUCCAUGGCCGGGGGCUGGUCCAUGCGGAUGUCAAGCCAGACAACGUGCUGGUCUUUGACCCUGUCUGCAGCCGUGUGGCCCUAGGUGACCUAGGUCUGACCCGGCCCGAGGGCAGUCCAACCCCUGCCCCACCAGGGCCACUGCCCUCCGCCCCACCCGAGCUCUGCCUCUUGCUGCCACCUGACACCCUGCCCCUGCGCCCAGCGGUGGACUCCUGGGGUCUGGGGGUGCUUCUCUUCUGCGCUGCCACUGCCUGUUUCCCUUGGGAUGUGGCACUGGCCCCUGACCCCGAGUUCGAGGCCUUUGCUGGCUGGCUGACCACCAGGCCCCAGCCGCCUCAACCACCCCCCCCUUGGGACCAGUUUGCUCCCCCAGCUCUGGCAUUGCUCCAGGGCCUUCUAGACCUGGAUCCUGAGACUAGGAGCCCCCCGCUGGUUGUCUUGGACUUCUUGGGGGAUGACUGGGGGUUAGAGAGGAACAGAGAGGGGUCUGGGGGCUUGGGGGACAUGUCUGGUGAAGAUGGGGAGGAGGAGGAAGAGGGGGGAGCAAGCCUGGAAGAGGGGACAGAGGAGGAAGAGGAGGAGGAGGAGGAGGAGCAGGAGGGCAAAGGUGGCAGGAGGAUGGAGACAGAUGGGGGAGCUCCCUGACCAGGUGACUGAGACAGGUGGCCACAGCCUGGGCCAGAGGCCCCUCCCGCAGCCUCCCUCCCCCAACCCUGGCCACCUGGAUGGAGACAGCUGCUCCCGGGAGGACAGGGAUGGAACAUACUGCAUCUCACCCUGCUGAGGGCUGGACCGGGGCGCACAAUUUCCCUCUCAGCUGAGGCCCCGGGAGCCCAAGACCCAGCCCCUCCUCCCUCAGACCCGGGAGUCUAGGCCCCCAGCCCCUCUUCCUUCUGUCCCGAAUGUGUCUUCUUGAAGGAAGGCACUGUUUCCGCAGACGUAUUUCCGCAGUGCAGGGACAUGCUGAAUCCUCAUCAUGGACUUCUGAUGGGGUCACUCAUCCCCACCAAGACCCGGUUGACGCUCACUGUCCCUGUCACUAAAUCUGGGCUUUCAGGAUCUGACUGAAACCUGAUGAUGGACACCUCAUCUCCUUCUCCCAUUUCCCGGGGCUCUGGGUGACAUAUUAGGGAAGUCACUCAUUCUUUCUGGACCUAAACACACACACACACACACACACUUCCAGCAGCUACUUCUUGCGUCCUCCCCAAGAAUGCCGCUGUCCGCAGCUCAGUGCCUCCAAGAAGUGGACCUCUCCCCAGGCCCUCUCCAGCCUCGGGAACUUUUAUCCGGGUGACCUGUGUCUCCCAUCUUUUUCGGCCUCACCUCCUGUGCUGUCCAGGCUGGACUUGUUUUUGUUUUUGUUUUCUGUUUCGACAUCCUUUCUGCUCCCACAUGGCGAGUGCCCUGCGCCGGCUCCCUACGAGCACAGAGCACCAAGGUGUGUGACUGUCCCAGGCGUGUGGACCUCAGAGCCGUCCAUGUGGAGGGCCACAGCUGCUUUGGAAGACCGUGCAUUCACCUGGGCCAGUCUGGGAGCCGUGUGCCCCACGACACACACGCAGGCACACGUACCCCUUGCUUAUGAUGCUUCACACCUGCAGGGCAGGGGCUGAGUGCAUCUGGCCCCGGCACCCGGCAGAGUCAGGAAUGGGAACUGCUCCCUCCAUGGGAAUCUGUCCCUCGUGCCUUCUAGACUUAAGCACGUGGGUCCACCAAGCACAGUGUGGUGUCCUGGAUCGGACCCGGGGACAGCGUAAGGUUGUUGGCGGAAGCGUCUGAGUGAUGAUUUCUUUGUUUGGACAAAUGUGGGGUCGUUGGCUGUGUCAGAUAUCAACCUGGUGGGGAGUGGGGGACGGCCCGGCAGUUCUCAGCACCAUCUUUCAGGCUGUUCUGGAAAUCUAAAGUUAUUCUGAAAUAAAGGUUUAUUAAAAAAAAAAAAAAA